AUGGCGCUUCCGACUAAGGCAGAAUAUCUGGCAGACCUUCGGCCAUUGGACGAGAACGAAUGCGGCAUAUGCCUCGAGCUAAUGUCUCAAGCCGCGAAGCCAACGCAGACUCAAUGUCGCCACAUAUUUUGCUACGAAUGCAUACACAGAUGGCUUCGAGACCAAAGCAACUGCCCGCACUGUAGAACCGAAUUGUAUCAGGCGGUUCAGGAGAACAAUGAGCUGGUCACCUUAGGACUUCGGAGCAUCGAUCAUGGACCUAUCAUACUCAGCGGUGCGACCCUCCACAAAGAGCUAUGUGACUACAUACUCUUACAUCGCAUGAGAAACGAUCAUCUUGUCAACGAGAACCCUCUGUCGCCAUUGUGGUACAUCCCAGACGUUCCAAGUUUCGUUGACCGCUUGUUGGACCACAACGUGCGCUGCACUUUCAGUUGGCGUUCCGCGACACAGAUUUACGGCUUCGAUCACCUUUCCGUCAACGGAGAUAUCGCUCUUGACCUCCCUGUUCGAGCUGUGGUUCAUCUUCUGAACGUACUCUCGGACCAAUUGCGGAACUUCUUCAAUGCAGUGGAUAACGAAACAUUCACGAAUCAAUUGGUCACAGUAGCCAAUCACGCGGCAAUGAGCGAGCAUGAGGAGUUCGGCAUCCGCUUUCCUGGCAAAGGAUUCGCAAGACUCGCUCUCGACCCUGACAGAGCAGAGGCGUCUCAGGUCAAGAUGACCCACGCGCCUGAGCCGCCUGCUUCCCCAUUUUGCGACGUCUAUAUCCCAGAUGUUAUUCUUCCGGGCCAAGUCAUGCACAGACAGCUAGGUUACGAGAUCGACUCGAUGGCUCGGCUGAACAGGUUCUUCUUAUUCGUCGAAGCACCUCGCCACCUCCCGUUCGCAAUUCCAGACGAACCAGACUUCAUGGACCAGCUCUCACAGCUCGACGCUGGCUACAGCUUCAAGUGGUGUCAAGUGACGCGAUCAUUCAAGCUCUUUGGCGUCAUUCUACCUGAUGGCCGGCCCACGGAUGACGUGCCACAUGCUUUGCAGCCAUUCACGGAUGCUGUGAAGACGUUUUUCAAUGCAGUCAACAAUGUCGAUUUGACAAACAAGGUGGUCCAAGAGGCACGAGAGGGAGAUGAAUGUCAGACUUACUCUGACUGGAUGCGCCGUGAUCAGCCGAUCAUGUUGAUAUAG